AUGAGCAGAGAUUGCCCGAAGCCCCACCAAGGAAAUUCACUGCCUACUGUUUCUCCAAAGGAACCUCAAGCUAAGGCAGCUGUUCGCUCUCUUCUUCCUGCCCUAGCCAGCAGAACUCAAGGGUGGGUGUACUCUGUCACCAAUAAAGAAGCCCGGGUUGAUCCCGGCGUUAUCAGAAGUGUAUCACACUCCUUCGUAUCCCCUUCAUUUGCGAAGAAGUUGCCUAUCAAACCAAAGAAGAUGGCUCAAAACCUAGUGGUUAGUACACCAACGGGCAGCAAGGUCAAACUCAACAUGAAUUAUGAUCCUUAUCCUGUACGUGUAUGUGAUCACAGGCUAGUGGCAAGUUUGAUAGUCCUUGACAUGAAGGACUUUGACAUCAUCUUGGGAAUGGAUUGGCUGUCCACUCAUAGAGCUAGCCUAACCUGUGCCGAAAGGAAAGUCUUGUUCAAACUAGAGAGUGGUGUAGAGUUUGUGUUCAAAGGUAUUAGGCGGGAGAAACCCAAGAAAGCUAUUAUCUCUACUCUUCAAGAUCAGAAACUAUUGGAUGAGGGAUGUCAGUGUUACCUGGCAUCUGUGUUAGAUAGGGAGAUGAAAGUCAAGCCUUUGGAAGAGAUAAGUGUGGGUGCCAAGGUUUUCUCAAAGAUUGAUCUUCGAUCAGGGUACCAUCAGCUGAAGAUCAGGGAAGGUGACAUUAGCAAGAUAACAUUUAGAUCUCGCUAUGGUCAGUAUGAGUUCUUGGUCAUGCCCUUCAGGUUGACUAAUGCCCCGGCCACCUUCAUGGAGUUGAUGAACCGGGUGUUCCAUGAUGUUCUAGAUAAGUAUGUUAUCGUCUUCAUAGAUGACAUCUUGAUCUAUUCCAAGAGUGAAGAAGAGCAUGCAGAUCAUCUCCGUCUGGUAUUACAACGCUUAAGAGAGAAACAACUGUAUGCCAAAUUCAGUAAGUGUGAGUUUUGGCUGCAACAAGUGGCAUUUUUGGGACAUCUUGUUUCCGCCAAGGGUAUUGAAGUUGACCCUGGCAAGGUAAAAUUAGUAGUUGAUUGGGAGACACCCAAAAAUGUAGCAGACAUUCGUAGUUUCUUGGGUCUAGCAAGCUAUUACAGAAGAUUCAUUGAGAACUUCUCAAGAAUUUCUGCUCUUAUGAGACGACUGACAUGA